AGGAGGAGGACUUGUUGGAUUCUGUGAUGAAGGAAAACAGGGGAAAACACACACUCACACACACUUACACUCUCUUCGCUUAUUUCUCCUGAUCCUGGAGCAAUAAAUCCACAUCCUAUCCGUCUCUUUUUUUGACGAUGAGCUCAAGCAGAGCAGCCCGGGCUCACUUUGUCCAACUUUUCCCCGAGUUUGGAGGAGCUGAACUUGAAGCUUUUCAUUCCUAGAGCGGAGCUCUCCAGGUGGUCAUCAUGUCCCUGUGGAUGAUCCUUCCUGUCAGCCUGCCGGUCUUCACCAUCACUGGAAUAUGGGUUGUAUAUGCGAUGGCCCUGUACAACCAGCACGUCUGCCCUGUGAAUAACUGGCUUUAUAAUGAGUCAUGCGCAGAGCAGCUUCCACUCCAGAGGGGUCCCGUACUCUGCUGCACCCUGGACAACGUACCGCUCAUCAGUAAAUGUGGAACCCUGCCACCUGAAAGCUGCUUUUUCAGCCUCAUAUGCAGCACCGGAUCCUUUAUGGUGAUGAUGAUCGGCCUGCUGCGUUACGCUCAUGUGAUCGAGAAGCACCAGAACUGUAUUCUCAACACAGCCGGCCUCUCCACCGCGUGGAUCUGUGCCGCCGGCCUCAUCAUGGUCGGAAACUUCCAGGUGGAUUUUGCCAAAGUCCUCCACUACGUCGGAGCUGGAGUUGCUUUCCCCUCCAGCAUGCUGUUUGUGUGUCUGCAGUCGGCUCUGACCUACAGACUGGCCAAGACUCAGGAGGAGUACCGGAUAGGCCACCUCCGUGUGGGGAUGGCCCUGCUGGCUCUUAUCGCCCUGGUGCUCAGUGGAGUUUUCUUUUGCCAGGAGAGCUACAGCCUGCAGCACGCCUCCGCCAUCUUUGAGUGGGUCUACUGCUCGCUCAUCAUGCUCUUCUACGGGACUUUUGCAUUUGAGUUCGGGGGCAUGUCGGGGGACACCCUGAUGGUUCUUUCCAGAGGAGGGGGAGUACACAGCUUCUCCACCUCUGAACACAAAAGAGAGGUGGGCGGAGGUUCCAACCGCCACCAGCCAGAGAGUUUAUCAAUACUGUAGUUGAACUGCAGCGUGCUUCAGCGCCCCUGGAGGUCAAAGGGCAACACAUGGACCAACGUCUAGAGCCGGGAAGCUCUACAUAUCACCAAGCUCACUAUUGCACAAAGCCAAAGCUGCUCUCCUCAGUAGUGACCAAAGACUGACAGACAGACUUUAUAGACUUUAAUGCUGCUUUGUAAAAGUGCAGGCGACACUGCAACGCAUUGCACAAUAUUUGAAGUGCCUUUUUUGAACUCAAAGGCCAGCAAAGACACACACAGUUCCUGGAUGUUUGUUUUAAUUCUCUUAAUGUAACAAUCAGCGUGUGGAUUCUUGGCCGCAGUUGACUUUUAUCAGAUGGAACAUUCUGAAAGUGCCUCAGAUGUCGCUCCGCAGCGUCAGUGUCGGUGUUUGUUUUUCAUGUUAAGACGUUCAGACACUGAGCUCCGUUUUUUGUUUUUUUUACUCAGGAAGUUUUGUUAGCAACAUCAGCUUUCACUCUUUACCUCAAUAGUUAAGGUGAAGUUUUCCAAAAAUCCUGACAAUAGAGGAACAGAUACUGUCUGCCAAGAAUAAGUUUAUCCAUUAAAAGUGCUUCUACUUUGAUAAGACAUUUUAUGUGUUCGCCAAAAAACUAUGGCAGGAAUAUCUGUCGUUGUGUUGAACAAUUUUAAGUGUUUUUCUAAGUUUAUCUUUAUAAUUCAUUUGAGUUCAACUCGCAGUAUCACCCAAAAAGCUGUUAUUGCCUAAAUAAGCUCUGUUGUAUAUUUUGUUGUCACUUCAGCUCUUUGCCAAAAAAAAGUUGUAUCAUUGCUCUCAGUAACAAUGACGUUUUACAGCUUUAA